GCAGAAAGAUGGCCUGGCUAGCUAGCUGGGACUUCUUUGGCGCGUUAAAACCUGCCUUCUUGGCAGCCCAGCUCGCAGUCGCAGUCGCAGGUCACUCACUAGCUAGCUUGGGCCCUCGUCAUCUCGUUCCGCCCAGGUGAAAGUUUGGCGCGCAUGCACGUUAGCAGGCAGGAAGUAGCAGCUUCGUCUUAACACCCACCCACCUACUACUACCCUGCUGCAAACCGCAACCGCGCCCGCGCGGGAGAGCUUACCCUCGCGCACCACCAAGCCCGCACCUGCAUUUCUUUGCGGCCGCGCGCGCGCGGGCCAAUGGGGAGUUCCUGCGUGAACCUCUCCCGCGCCGUCCUCCCCGGCUUCGGCGCCGCCGAGGGAUCCCGCCGCCGCCGUGGCCUCCUUCUCCCGCUGCUGUCGUCGUCGUCGAGGCGCCUGCACGGCGGCGGCGCCGUGGCGUGCUGCUCGUCGUCGUCCUCCGCUACUGCUGCCGGCUCAUCGAGGCCGCCGCCACCGCUGCCGUCCUUCGUCGACCCGGCGCACGGGGAUCCGCCUGGAGCUGCCGGCGGCGGGAUCGGUGUCGCCGAGUUUCUCGGCGCCAAGAACUUCCUCAUCACCGGCGGGACCGGUUUCCUGGCAAAAGUUCUUAUCGAGAAGAUUUUGAGGACAAACCCUGACGUCGGCAAGGUGUACGUGCUCAUCAAGGCCAAGGACAGCGAAGCAGCGUUGGCGAGAUUGCGAAACGAGGUCGUGGACACGGAGCUGUUCAAAUGCCUGCAGGACAUCCACGGGGAAGGCUACGACGGCUUCAUCGCAAGGAAGCUGGUCCCCGUCGUCGGCGACGUCAGGGAAGCCAACGUCGGCAUCGCGCCCGACCUCGCCGACGAGAUCGCCGACCAGGUGGACGUCAUCAUCAACUCAGCGGCCAACACCACGUUCGACGAGCGGUACGACGUCGCCAUGGACAUCAACACCGUGGGGCCGUUCCGGAUCAUGAGCUUCGCGCAGCGCUUCCGACGCCUCAAGCUCUUCUUGCAAGUGUCUACAGCCUACGUGAAUGGACAGAGGCAAGGCCUGGUGCUGGAGAAGCCGUUUCGCAUGGGAGACACCAUAGCCAAGGAGCUGCCGGGGUGGUCUUCUUCUCCAGGGCACAAGAUACCCGUGCUGGACAUCGAGGCAGAGAUCAAGCUGGCCUUCUACUCCACAAGACACCGCCCCGAUGAUUCUCCCUCGUUUGCUCAAGAAAUGAAAGAUUUGGGCCUAGAGAGGGCAAAACUCCAUGGGUGGCAAGACACCUAUGUGUUCACCAAGGCCAUGGGGGAGAUGGUCAUCAACUCCAUGCGAGGAGAGAUACCGGUGGUCACCAUCAGGCCCAGCGUCAUCGAGAGCACCUGGAGGGACCCAUUCCCGGGCUGGAUGGAAGGGAACAGGAUGAUGGAUCCUGUGGUCCUCUAUUACGGGAAAGGCCAGCUGACGGGGUUCCUCGCAGAUCCAGAUGGUGUUCUUGAUGUGGUCCCGGCGGACAUGGUGGUGAACGCGACGCUGGCGUCGAUGGCGAAGCACGGCGGCGGCGCGGCGGGGCCCGGGAUGCACGUGUACCACGUGUCGUCGUCGACGGUGAACCCUCUGGUGUUCGGCGACCUGAGCCGGUUCCUGUUCCAGCACUUCACGCGGUGCCCCUACAGCGACGCGGCGGGGCAGCCCAUCCUGGUGCCGCCCAUGCGCCUCUUCGACACCAUGGAGCAGUUCGCCAGCUACGUGGAGACGGACGCGCUGCUGCGCAGCGCCCGGUCGACCUCGUCCUCGUCGUCGCUGGCGCAGCGGGCGCGCGACCUGUGCGCCAGGUCCGUGGAGCAGACCGUCCACCUGGGCAGCAUCUACCGGCCCUACACCUUCUACGGCGGCCGCUUCGACAACGCCAACACGGAGGCGCUGCUCGCGGCCAUGUCGCCGGCGGAGAGGGCGCGGUUCCACUUCGACGUGCGGGGCGUGGACUGGGCGGACUACAUCACCAACGUCCACAUCCCUGGACUCCGGAAGCACGUCAUGAAGGGCAGGGGCGUCGCCGCCAACCAGCUGCUCGCCAGCACCUCCGUGUGACCGCCCGGCAUGCGCGACGGCGGGCGUGUACACUAUCUGCCAGGCCCAGACCGUUGCUGCUGCUACAUGCCAUUGCCAUGCCGCCGUCACACCACACGGCCGGUGACCGACGACCAAUCUUGCCGUACGUUCCAUCCUCAUACUACUGCUACGUACGUAGCAGCAACCUAAGGUUGCGCUUGCAUUGCACUAAAGAUAGAUAUACCAUGCUGUUCAUCUCUCCUCCAUGUUGAGCUGUUGAUUCUUGCGCUUGUACUUCAAAACAAAAUGAACUCUGUGAUGGUCGUCAGUAACAAAUCUGACGAAACAUCGUGGCUGUCUGAUAGUGUCAUUCCCGACACUGUAAGCCGUUCUUUUACCAAAAUUUACUUUACUGAUGGAAGGAGUUCAACA